GUGAAUAUGUCAAUGCUGUCCAGGAAUAUACUUCAAAUCAUUGGAUCUUUGGUUAUAAUGUUUGUCCUAGACCCAGCUUUAACUGGUGUACUACUGUCUGUGGUGCCUAUUGUGUCUCUUGGGGCAGUGCAAUAUGGUUACAUGGUGAAGAAUCUUCGGCAGAAGUUUCAGGACCGUCUUGCAGAUGCCAGCACCACUGCAGAGGAGGCUUUGUCUAGUAUCAGGACUGUGAGAAUGUUCACCAGUGAGAAGAAGACCUCUCAGCAUUAUGGAUCUGAUAUUGACAAAAGCUACCAAGUUGGAAAGAAGUUGGCCCUUGUCCAAGGUGGAUUUGAUGGAGUGAUAGGUAUCAUUGCUUAUGGUGCCAUUGUGUUGGUAUUGUGGUAUGGAGGAAAACUGGUGAAUGAAAAGCAGUUAUCUCCUGGGAUAUUAACAUCCUUCUUGCUGUAUACUCUCCAAGUAGCUAUGAGUUUUGCCAUGUUGUCUUCACUUUAUGGAGAUUUUAUGCAGGCUGUUGGAGCUUCAAUUCGCAUAUUUGACCUGAUGGACAGGAAGCCAGAAAUCCCCAUUGAAGGCGGUUCACAGAUUGUGGAUAUGGAAGGAUCUGUAGAAUUCCAGGACGUGUACUUUACAUACCCAUCCAGACCAGAUACACAGGUGCUAAAGGGUGUCUCCUUCAAAGUGGAACCUGGCCAAGUGGUAGCACUGGUGGGGCCAUCUGGUGGUGGGAAAUCCACCAUUGUGAAUAUGAUUGAACGUUUCUAUGAUCCAGAGUCUGGGUGGAUCAGACUGGGAGGCAAUGAUCUUAGUACACUGGAUCCCCAGUGGUUUAGACAGCAGAUUUCUAUGGUUAGCCAGGAACCAACACUGUUUGCCUGCUCAAUAAAAGACAACAUAUCAUAUGGCAAAGACUGUACACUAGAAGAGGUGGUGGAAGCAGCCAAACAAGCCAAUGCUCAUAAUUUCAUAAUGGGUUUUGAAGAGCAGUAUGAUACUCUUGUUGGUGAGAGGGGAGUGCGGCUGUCUGGAGGACAGAAACAAAGAGUGGCUAUUGCCAGGGCUCUUAUUAUGAACCCCUCCAUACUUUUACUUGAUGAGGCUACAAGUGCACUGGAUGCUGAAAGUGAACACCUGGUACAGGAAGCCAUAGACCACGCCAUGAAAGGCAGAACAGUGAUUGUCAUUGCUCAUAGAUUAUCAACUGUCAGAAAUGCGAAUGUAGUUGCUGUGGUGGACAAAGGGAAAAUAGUAGAGCAAGGAACACAUGAAGAGUUGCUGGCUCAGGAUGGGGUAUACAAAAGACUGGUGUUGAGACAGCUGAUGGCCGGGGCUACAAAUGGUUUAGACUUUAAUAUAAAUAAUGAUAAAGAUGAUAGCAAUGGUCAUUUACUGGACUAAAUAUAAGUAAAGAUAAUAAGCAACAGUGUCUUAUUUAUUUUGUUCCUGUGUCUCACAUUUACCAAGCAUUGCUAUGUAUGUGGUACAGGAAGCCACACACACACACACACACAUUUAUAUGUCAGUCCCGGCUUUUUUUAGCACCAAAUCUGGAGAUGCUUUAUAUAAAAGGACACAGUAUAUACAAUUUUACAUUUGUAUUUGAUGAUAACAUUGCAUUCUGACAGAUGU